AUGUGUCCCCGAGCAAGAUGCACCCUAUCCACAAAUAAGAUUUGUCCCCACAUGGGAAGCCAUCAACCAGGAUUAUAUAAAUCUAAGCCUGCGGGUGGAUGGAAUCCUCAAUUUUUGCCUCAUCAUGAACGAUCAACCUUUCUCUGCAGCUCUGUAACAACUGUCAAUGAAUCUGGAAAUAUACACUUGGAAGUAACCACCUUAAUCUUCAUCAAACAAUGGGAACAAGAGCCUUUCAAGCAUAUAGUGGAACAGUAUCACAUCAGCAUUGAAACUCCUCAGUCAUACAAUCCUCAGGAUCACUUUCACAUCAGCCUAGCACCUCUAAGACACUCACGGAUGCCCAAAUGGAAAGCAGCUUACCCCACCUUAAUCCAUAUUUCAGCUGAAGAUCUUGCCAAGCUGAAAGCUAUUCCUAGUGGAUCUGAUCUGACACCUGUGAAUCAAGUCAAAGCAGUAACCUCCCAGCUCAGAAGACACCAGCAGCAGGGCCUUGGAUUCUUACUUGAUCGAGGGGAUCCACACAAUGCUGCAUUCACCUCUUUAUGGACGUCCAAGAGUAGUGCUCACUUCACCGUCUGGACCAACCUUCUGUGUGGGGAGUCAUUUAUUGCAACUGAUCAACAACCAGCUCCUGCCAGUCCUGGAGCUUUGAUACUCGCCAAUGACAUGGGACUUGGCAAAUCAAUUCAGACUAUAGCUUUAAUUGCACAUACUCUGGAUGCAGCAAAAACCUACAAAAAUAGUUAUAAUAUACAAAAUCCCAACAGUCAACUGAGAGGCUCUCAUACUACUCUGCUAAUUUGUCUCAAGGGGCUAAUGGACAAUUGGGAGCGUGAAAUAGAGGUUCAUACUAGGGGACUCAAGUUAAUGCGCUGGCAUGAUACAAAAAGGUCUACUUGUACAAGUGACAAAGAAUGGCAUUCUGCCAAUAUCAUCAUUAUAACAUUAGGCACUCUGCAGCAUGAUGAUGCAGCCAGUCUUAUAUACAACACUAAAUGGUACAGGAUUGUAAUAGAUGAAGCCCACACCAAAAUGAGACAAAAGACGAUCUUAAAAUCUUAUGAUCAAAUGAGACAAUAA